AUGAACACUAAACUUAUAGGAUGUGUCUUCACAUCCUGCUUUGCAGUUGCAUGUGCUAUGUAUAUCCAGAUGGCAGAAAAAGAACAGAGAUGCAUAAUAGAAGACAUCCCAUCAGACAUUCUAGUUACAGGACAUUACAAGAUGCAGAACUGGGAUAUGUUCAGUCAUGACUUUCUUCCUUCUGCUCCUGGCCUGGGUAUGUUUGUGACUAUUAAGGAUCCCAGUUUUCAGGUGCUGAUGUCCAAAUUAUAUGGACCAGAGAGCAAAUUCUCUUUCACAUCCCAUUCUUCGGGUGAGCACCAUAUCUGCUUCCAGUCCAACUCCACAAACAUUAUAGCUAUCGGAGGCAGUAAGCUGCGUCUCCACAUGGACAUACAAGUUGGAGAACAUUCCCUUGAUGACUCUCUUGCUGAAGCCAAUGAUAAAGUAAAUGAAGUUAAGCUUAGAGUCCAACAUCUUACAGAACAAAUUCAGCACAUAGGCAAAGAGCAGAACUACCAAAGAGAACGAGAAGAACGUUUUCGACAAAUGAGUGAAGACACAAAUGCAAAUGUCUUGUGGUGGGCUAUUAUGCAAACCAUCAUCCUUCUUUCAGUUGGAUUCUGGCAAAUGAAACAUUUGAAAGACUUCUUCAUUGCUAAAAAGCUUGUUUAA